AUGACCUCGCUGCCCUGGGUCUUUGUAUGCUUGUUGGCAGCAUGUGUAUCUUGUGCUGAACAGUUGCAGGACAGCGAGCACGCGGAUAGCACUGAGCCGGAUUUCAUGAAAUAUGUGCAAGCACCUUCGCCGGGACCGGUUGUCGACAAGAAGUAUCGGCCAUUCAUUCCAGAUUCGUACAGGGACUACAUCCCAAGAAUGGAUGAGACCGGUGUUGAGUACCAGAAAUACAUGCAGGGCUCCCCGGAUGCGAAGAAAUUUCAGGAGAAGGUGCUUCCGCAGGGAAGCUAUCAGCAGGAAAUUCCAUUGUCCCAAGAUGCAAGCCCAGCACAAAGUGGAACGCCGCAGUUGUUAGCAUCUUCAGUCUCGGCCACUGCGCAACAUGACGAAAACGGCGCCAGUGAAGGGAAACAUGACGCUGAGCCUGGCUUCAUGAAAUAUAUGCAAGCACCUUCGCCGGGACCG